ACUAGGUCGUCUGGAAGUGUGUAUCAACCCAGAGAACUGGCAGGGCUACGUGUCUGACUCCCAGCUGCCUCCCUACUCAGAGGAGAUGUCUGAAGAAGAGAAGGAGCAGGCAGACGGGGUCAGGGGUCACUGGGAUCAGAGACUGGGGGCCUUCCAGAAACUGGUGCUCAUCAAGAGCUUCAUGGAGGAGAAGGUGGUGUUUGCCGUGACAGAGUUUGUGAUCGUGAGCCUGGGGAAACAGUUUGUAGAGAACCCUCCUGUUGACCUGGCCACUCUCUACAGUGACAUGUCUCCCUCCACCCCCCUGGUCUUCAUCCUCAGUACCGGAUCAGACCCCAUGGGAGCCUUCCAACGCUUCGCCAAGGAGAGGGGAUACCUGGACAGGGUAAGGUCUAUCUCUCUAGGUCAGGGUCAGGGUCCUAUAGCAGAGAAGAUGAUUCUGGAAGCUCUGAAGAGUGGUAACUGGAUCUUCCUCCAGAACUGUCACCUGGCUGUGUCCUGGAUGUUAGCCAUGGAGGAACUCAUCAAGACCUUCACUGAGCCUGACACGGUGAUCCAUGAGAACUUCAGGUUGUUCCUGAGCUCCAUGCCCACCAAGGUGUUCCCUGUCACUGUCCUCCAGAACUCUGUCAAG